CGUGAAGAAGACUGUAUAAAACACUAUCGAAUUCGUCAACUGGAUCAGGGUGGAUAUUUUAUCGCAAGGCGUCGACCGUUUAGCACAUUGGAAGAGCUCAUCGCUCAUUAUAGUGUCGAUCCAGAUGGCCUUUGUGUGAAAUUGACAAAACCAUGCGUGAAAUACGAAGUACCACAGACAUCUACUUUCACCUACGGUUAG